AUUAAAGCUCAGAAGACGGACGAUUCUUUCGAGUAUGUAAAGACUUCAACACCGACAAAAUGGGAAAGGAAGUUGGUUGUCAACUUUGGGAUAAUUAGUUUUAAAUGGGAAUUCCUCAAAAUCCGCAUUUGUAUCGAGACUUAAUGUAAAAAAAUACAACAGAGAAAUGGGCAAACAGUUCACCAGGUCAAUCUACACAAAGUUUUUUGCUUCCAUACUUCUGCUGUGUAUCCUUGCCACAAUAGCAUGGUUGUGGCCAGAGGACAGUUUACCAGAGGUCGGGGUUGAAAAGUACAACGUUAUGAAGCUGCCAUCUGGGCCACCUGUUGAUAUACGUAAUGACAGCCCAAUGGCAGCAGAGAGGGAUGAGAUGUGUACAUUCCACAAAUGUUUUAAUGUGUAUGAAUGUGGAUAUAAUGAUCAAACAAAAAUCAGUGUUUAUGUUUAUCCUAUACAACAGUUCAUAGAUGAGUCUGGGAGAUCAAUGCUGUUAUCAAUAUCGAAGGAGUUCUAUGAGGUUCUGUCAGCCAUCAUGGAAAGUCCAUUCUACACAAGUGAUCCGACCAAAUGUUGUCUAUAUGUACCAUCAAUAGAUCUACUUAACCAGAAUAAACUCAGGUUGAAGGAAACAAGUCAGGCACUGGCAGCUUUAAAAUGGUGGGGAAAUGGAGCAAACCAUUUAUUGAUGAACAUGCUGCCAGGCAGUGUGCCUGAGUAUAACAAUGUUAUAGAUGUAAAUGUGGGGAAGGCAGUGAUUGCUGGGGGCGGAUUUUCAUCUUGGACAUACAGACGAACAUAUGACAUAUCUAUACCAGUGUAUAACCCUCUUACAGCCAGUAUUCAUCUUCCAGAAAAAUCAUACGUUGAGCCUCGCCAAUGGUUGUUGGUAUCCACUCAGACAGGUUUACAUCAGGAAUAUAAAGAGGUCCUACAAACACUGGACAAGACACAGUUUCUGUAUGUAGAGAAAUGUCUCGGCACUGACAAUAACUGGGAUUUCACAAAGAGAUGUCAGGGAACACUAACUUUCCAGUAUCCAGAUGUUCUUCUGGAAUCCACAUUUUGUCUAGUAUUGAGAGGUUCAAGACUAGGACAGACAGCAAUGUAUGAUGCUAUGAAGGCAAACUGUAUACCUGUUGUUGUUGCGGACAGUUAUGUCAUGCCUUUUUCUGAAGUUCUAGAUUGGAAAAGGGCAGCUGUGACAGUUAGGGAGGAUGACCUGGGUGACGUCAUCAAAAUUCUACAAUCAUUUAGUCAAGACCGUAUCUUUGAAAUGAGGCAGCAAGUUAAAUUUUUCUUCCAUAAAUAUUUCCGUACAAUGAAGGACAUCACACUUACUACCUUACAAAUCAUCAAUGAUAGAGUGUUUCCAUAUGCUGGCAGAAAAUAUGAGGAAUGGAAUGACUUCCCAAGACUGGGAGCUUCUAGGAAUCCAUUGUUCCUGCCUUUGAUGCCACCCAGUAGUCAAGGUUUUACUGCUGUCAUCUUGACAUAUGACAGACUGGAAUCAUUAUUUGAUGUUAUACUACAAGUUGCCAAGGUACCCAGUCUGGCCAAGAUUAUUGUAGUGUGGAAUAACCAGGAGAAAACACCACCUCAUGAGUCAGCAUGGCCUAAUACUGGGACACCACUGAAAGUAAUCCAGACAUCAGAGAACAAACUGAGCAAUAGGUUUAAGGCAUAUAAAGAGAUAGAGACAGAAUGUAUUCUUGCUCUAGAUGAUGAUAUUGUCAUGUUGACAGCUGAUGAAUUACAGUUUGGAUUUGAGGUAUGGCGUGAGUUUCCCGAUCGUUUAGUAGGUUUUCCAUCACGGGUUCACCUGUGGGACAACACAACAGGAAAGUGGAGAUAUGAGUCUGAAUGGACAAACUCUAUUUCAAUGGUGCUCACUGGAGCUGCUUUCUAUCACAAGUAUUUCAGUUACCUGUACACAUCAAAUAUGCCAGGCAAUAUAAAGUCCUGGGUGGAUGACCACAUGAACUGUGAAGAUAUUGCCAUGAACUUCCUCAUCUCAAAUGUCACUGGCAAAGCACCCAUUAAAGUUACGCCAAGAAAAAAGUUUAAGUGUCCCGAGUGUAUUAACACAGAGAUGUUAUCAGCUGAUAUUACACAUAUGGUGGAACGAUCUGAGUGUAUCAACCAGUUCACAAGUGUGUAUCAGUCUAUGCCAUUAAAAUCUGUGGAAUUCCGAGCUGACCCAGUGCUAUAUAAAGAUAAUUUUAAUAGUGAAUUGAAAAAGUUUAAUGAUAUAGGAAGUUUAUAGAUAUGUGAAAAUAAUUCAUAUAUUAUCAUA